CAGGGAGCGGUUCCGGGGGGCGCGCGGCCAUGGAGCGGUUCGGGCAGGAGUACGCGCGGCUUUGCGCGGCGGCGGGCGCGGCCCCGCAGGAGGCCGUGCUGCGGCGCCUGCGGGAGCCCGACGGGCUGCGGGGCCGCCUGGACCUGGCGGCGCAGAGCCUGUCGCUGCAGACGUGCAGCGCGCUGGGCCGGCUGCUGCCCGGUGCUGCGCCCUUCGCCGCGCUGGCGCUCGGCGACUGCGGCUUGAGCGAGGAAGGUGUAAGACUUUUGUUGCAUGGUCUUUGCUCCAACACCACAAUCAAAUCUUUGGAUCUGAAGGGAAAUAACCUGCGAACCAUGGGAGCUGAGGCUUUGGGAAAACUUCUUAGGCAGAACAAAUCCAUUAGGAGCCUAACCUUAGAAUGGAACAGCCUUGGCAUGUGGGAGGAGGGCUUCUCCUUUUUCUGCCAAGGACUGAGAGCAAACAACUUUCUUCAGCGUCUGGAUCUGCGCAAUAACCAGAUUAACCAUCAAGGGGCUGGAGAGCUGGCUAUGGCACUGACACAAAAUACCAGCCUUCAGGAGCUGGAUUUGCGAUGGAAUAACAUUGGGCUUCUGGGCGGCCGAGCUUUGCUGAACUGCUUGCAAAGCAACAAGACCCUGAAGAAGCUUGAGCUGGCAGGGAACAAUGUUCCUGGCGACAUCCUGAAAGCUGUGGAAACUUGUGCAUGUUGUCCUGCUCUCUCUGCAUCAGAACAAGCCUUGGAUCACAACCAAGACCGUGAGGCUAUCCUGAGUGAGGCUCAGAACCAAGUGGACAUCCUCAGCAAGGAGGUUUUGAGUCUGAAAGAUGAGAAGAACAAACAGUUCAUGGAUUUUGUGGAUACUGUAGACAAGCAGAAAGCAGAAAGAGCCAGGAGUGAGAAAAUGUCUGCGGCACGGGUCAGCCAGCUGCAAGAAGCAUUGGAUGAGCAGUACUCCAUUAUGAAUUCACUGAAAACCAAGCUGCAGAUGACUGAAGCUGCCCUGGCUCUGUCUGAGCAGCGGGUGCACAGCUUGGGAGAGCUUCUGCAUGCCAUGAAACAGGAACAAAACUCUGUUGCUGACUGCCACUUCAGGGAGCUCCAGCAACAAAAGCAGGAAGGUGCUGAUCGGGAAGGCAAGCUUAUGCAUGACUUGUCUGCUGCCAGUGAGAAAAAUCUGCUGCUGAGAAACCAGGUGGAUGAGUUGGAGAGGAAGUGCAAAGUUCAGCAGGAUCAGCUGUUCCAGGUGAAACAAGACUUGACCAACACAACAGCAGAGCUGAAGCUGCGGGCUGUGGAGGCUGAAGAACGUCUGGAAAUGGAGAAGAGAAGAUUUAAACAAAGCCUUGAGGACAUGGAAUCCCUUCGGGUAAAAGAGGUGGAACGUAUGACACAGCACAUGGAGGCCAGUGAACGUUCCAUGCACAACAGGAUCCAGAGGCUGGAGGCCAUCAGGAUAUCUCUGGAGGAGGAGCUGAGCCAGGUCAAAGCAGCUGCACUAACUGAGCGAGGACAGGCAGAGGAGGAGUUAGUAAAAGUCCGGAGUCAAGCACGCUUGGAGGAGCAACGAGUAGAACACCUGGAAGAGAAGCUGCGUCUGAUGACUGAGUCAAGGGAUGAAGCUCAGAACUGCUGCCUUAAGCAAAAAGAAAUGGUUGCUGAGGCCCAGGCCAAAGUCAAACAGCUGACCCUAUAUGCUGAUGGACUCAGGAGGAGGCUGGAUGAACUUCAGCAGGACCUGGACAGUAAAGAGGAGGAGAAAGUGACAGAGCUAAAUAAGGUGAAAGUGGAAUUACAGGAGCAGAUUGGGCACCUGGAGGCUGAACGUGCAGCCCAGGAUGGGCUGAGAGAGAAGAUUGCAGCUCUAGAAAGACAGCUGAGAGCCCUAUCCAGUAAUCACCGUGAAGCACUGCUGGACAAGGAGGGUGAGAUCUCACUGCUGCUGGAGAAGCUGAGAAUGAAGGAGGCUGAGAUCUCCAGGGUGAGGGAAGAGGAGACCCAGCGAGCAAGUUUCUUGCAGAGUGCCAUCAUGUCUUAUGUGCAGGGAUCUCGCUUGGGAACCCACAGUUCCAGGAAGUGAGAGCGUGGCUUAAAGGAUCCAAAUACCUGCUGUCAGGGAAAGGGUGAGCUACUCAGAUACAACUCCUUCUUCUUAAAUGAGACAGUUUUAUCAGAACGUGGUGAUGCUAGGGCUCGCAAACAGAGCUACUCUUGCUGUUCAGAAGUCUUCCUCCUGACAGCGUAAAGGAGAGGAGGAAACAACCAUCCAGGCUUGUGGCUCUGAGUCCUUGAUAUGGAGUCCCUUCCCCUGCACUGUCACAGCCUGUUUGUUCAGGGGGUUACUGGUUACUGGGAGGGGCUUGUAUGUUCCCAGGCAGGGUCCUGCUGCAGCAUUUGUUUGGUUACCAGGACUGUUCACAGAGAAAAGUGAGAAAAAGUGACAGGAGUGUUUACAUUUCCCUGUGGGCUGGAGCAAUUUGCCUUACUAAUGGGAUCCUGAAACUGCUUGAAACAUAUAUUACCCACCUGUGCUUUUUCACCCAGUGUUUACAGACAGAAGCAGAGUCUGACGGAGCCCUCUCUGGCUUGGUUAGCCUCCCUGCUGUGGCUCUGGCUGUAUUGGUGGGCAGUAGAUACACAUUCAGCAUAGAUAGAAGCAGCUGUACCAAGAGGCUUCGGGUAAAGUGCUGUCCGUGUCCUUGUGGGACGGCUGGGCUUUGGCAGUGGUUCUACUUCUACAGCAACGAGUGCCAGGGUAAGGGUGAGUGGGUGAAUGGCUGUCAACAUCUGUGCUUCUUCACUGUGAACUGCAGCCCUUAGCUGAAGAUGUUGUGGCCAGUACUGCUACAGGAUUUAGUUUCACUAUGGCAAAUGGCAAAACUGUUCUCCUGGCUUCUCACGCUCCUAGAACUGAGUACUGUGGCCUUAACCUGGAGAGGAGCGAUGCUUCUGGUGUGACACUGGGAAGUUGCUUCUCAGAGCACAAAGGGGAGAAGGAAGUUCUUCUCUUGACAGCACAAGUCCUUGCAUGACCUGGAGAAAGGGAAAGGCUACAAGAGUCUGAAUUGGAGAGAGCAGGAGCUGUUGUCAGGCCAGCUGUAUUGAGCCUUGGGGGAGUUCUUAUGUGAAUCUGGGGUGGGAAUGUAUCUUAGAGUACAUAUUUUAAGAGACACCUGGUAAAUGAAAGUUUCUGUGUGGACUGGUUGCUUUGUGGUCAUGAUUUUUUAUAUUGGGUUUUGCUCUGCUUAAUAAAGAACUUUUGCCAUUAACACUGGACACUUUGGCUGA